AUGUGCCUGCGCGCCAGUGAGAUCAAUAUGGCAAAUACUGCCCAUCAGCAGCCACUCCAGGCUGAGUAUUUGAGUGAUGAUGAGGAUCCCAGUCCCCUACCUCCAUCUCCAACCAACAUCAUCUACUCCAGUGAGAAAGAGGCAAUGGAUGCCAUCAAUGAGUUCACGCAGCAGCAUGGCUAUGCCCUCACAACCAAGAGUUCCAAGCGCCAUGGAAACAACAAAAUCAAAGCAUGCUACCAUUGUGAUUGCAGUGGUGCGCACAAGGAUAAUGUUGCUGAUGAUAAGCAAGUCCAUGAGAAAACUACCCACUACAAGUGGUUGUUUGAGAUUAAGGAUCCAGCCCACAGCCAUGGCCCAGCACCUGCCCAUACACAUCCAACACUGCAUCAAGCAGAGGUCAAAAAACAUGCCACAAUAUUUGAAAAUCAGCUUUCUGCUGGCAUCACUCCACGUCAGAUUCCUUAG